UCCUCUCUGGUGAGUGGGACUGCAGUCUGUGCAGGCUCCUCUCUGGUGAGUGGGACUGCGGUCUGUGCAGGCGUCUCUCUGGUGAGUGGGACUGCAGUCUGUGCAGGCGUCUCUCUGGUGAGUGGGACUGUGGUCUGUGCAGGCGUCUCUCUGGUGAGUGGGACUGCGGUCUGUGCAGGCUCCUCUCUGGUGAGUGGGACUGCGGUCUGUGCAGGCGUCUCUCUGGUGAGUGGGACUGCGGUCUGUGCAGGCGUCUCUCUGGUGAGUGGGACUGCAGUCUGUGCAGGCUCCUCUCUGGUGAGUGGGACUGCGGUCUGUGCAGGCGUCUCUCUGGUGAGUGGGACUGCAGUCUGUGCAGGCGUCUCUCUGGUGAGUGGGACUGCGGACAGUGCAGGCGCCUCUCUGGUGAGUGGGACUGCAGUCUCUGCAGGCGUCUCUCUGGUGAGUGGGACUGCAGUCUGUGCAGGCUCCUCUCUGGUGAGUGGGACUGCGGUCUGUGCAGGCGUCUCUCUGGUGAGUGGGACUGCGGUCUGUGCAGGUUCCUCUCUGGUGAGUGGGACUGCAGUCUGUGCAGGCUCCUCUCUGGUGAGUGGGACUGCGGUCUGUGCAGGCGUCUCUCUGGUGAGUGGGACUGCAGUCUGUGCAGGCGUCUCUCUGGUGAGUGGGACUGCAGUCUGUGCAGGCGUCUCUCUGGUGAGUGGGACUGCGGACAGUGCAGGCGCCUCUCUGGUGAGUGGGACUGCAGUCUCUGCAGGCGUCUCUCUGGUGAGUGGGACUGCAGUCUGUGCAGGCUCCUCUCUGGUGAGUGGGACUGCGGUCUGUGCAGGCGUCUCUCUGGUGAGUGGGACUGCGGUCUGUGCAGGUUCCUCUCUGGUGAGUGGGACUGCAGUCUGUGCAGGCUCCUCUCUGGUG